AAGCUAAGAAUUGCUUGAUUUUGUAGAUAAUUAACCGAGGCUAGUGAAGAGAAAUUAAGGAACAAAUGGCAAAGAGUAUGGGAGUGAAGAUGCAUUUUCGGAAGCACCAUGUGGUUAUCGAUAAUGGCAUUGUUCAACUCACUCUAACAAAUCCAGGAGGCUACGUUACAGGCGUAAAGUACAACAACAUCGACAAUCUACUUGAAAGCCAAAACGAUGAAUCUGAUAGAGGGUACUGGGAUCUUGUUUGGAGUUCACCCGACAAUCCUGGAACAACCGGUACUUUUGAAAGGAUUGAAGGAACAAGUUGUGAAGUUAUAAUCGAAACCGAAGAUCAAGUAGAGCUCUCGUUUACAAGAACAUGGGAUUCCACCCUUGUGGGAAAGCAUGUCCCAUUGAAGAUAGACAAAAGGUUCGUGAUUCUUCGCGGUUCUUCUGGUUUCUACUCGUAUGCAAUCUACGAACAUUUGGAGGGAUUUCCUGGUUUCAAUCUUGACGAAACCAGGAUAGUGUUCAAGCUCAGGAAAGACAAGUUUCACUAUAUGGCAAUGUCUGAUGACAGACAAAGGUAUAUGCCCCUACCCGAUGAUCGGUUACCCGCUAGAGGUAAACCAUUGGCUUAUCCUGAGGCAGUACUCCUUGUUAAUCCUGUGGAACCAGAGUUUAAAGGACAGGUAGACGAUAAAUAUCAGUAUUCAUGUGAAACCAAGGAUCUAAAGGUCCAUGGGUGGAUAUCUACAGACCCACCUGUUGGAUUCUGGCAAAUUACACCAAGUAACGAGUUCAGAACAGGUGGGCCCACGAAGCAAGAACUUACUUCUCAUGUGGGCCCGAUAAAUCUAGCCAUGUUUAUCAGUGCUCAUUAUGGUGGAAACGAUUUAGUUGUCAAAUUUUCCGAAGGGGAGCUAUGGAAGAAAGUUUUCGGCCCGGUUUUUAUGCAUCUCAAUACGACUUCUACAGGAGAAGACCCUCUUACACUUUGGCAAGAUGCCAAGAAUCAGAUGCUAGAAGAAGUUGGAAAAUGGCCUUAUAGUUUUCCGGCUUCAAAGGAUUUCCAACAAGUUAAUGAAAGGGGGGUGAUAAGCGGUAGAUUAUUCGUAUACGACAGGUUCAUUAGCGAUGAACAAGCACCCACAAAUGGUGCUUACAUUGGACUAGCUCCACCUGGAGACCCCGGAUCAUGGGAACGCGAAAACAAGGGCUAUCAAUUUUGGAGUAAAACCAACGAACAAGGAUGUUUUUCGAUUGAACAUAUUUUGCCGGGCACAUAUAAUCUAUACGCCUGGGUCCAAGGUUUCAUUGGAGAUUACAAAAAACCUGAGGCAAUUACCAUCACACCAGGUUGUGAUAUCGAAGUCGGGGAUCUUGUUUACGAGCCUCCUAGAGACGGUCCGACUUUAUGGGAUAUUGGGAUACCCGACCGCUCUGCGGCCGAAUUCUACAUUCCUGAUCCUGACCCAAUGUAUACCAACCAGUUUCUCACCGAUGAUCCUAACAGGUUUAGGCAGUAUGGAUUAUGGGAACAAUAUGCUACGCUAUACCCCGAUGGUGAUUUGGUUUACACAAUCGGUGAAAGCGACUACAGAAAAGAUUGGUUCUUCGCACAUGUACCGCGGAAGAAAGGUGACAAUGUGUAUGAAAAAACGACGUGGACUAUCAAGUUCAAGCUUAACAAUGUGAAUAAGGAUGAAACUUAUAAAUUAAGAUUGGCUCUAGCAUCAGCACAAGUAUCGGAUCUUCAGGUUCGAGUUAACGAUCUAAACACAGAUUCUCCUCUAUUUUCAACCGGAAUCAUUGGAGGAGACAAUGCGAUUGCAAGGCAUGGAAUACAUGGUCUGAGUUGGUUAUUCAACAUAGAUAUACCAGGAACACUUUUGAUCUCCAAUGAAGAGAACACAAUAUAUUUGACACAAGCAAAUGGAGGAACCCCUUUCCGUGGAGUCAUGUAUGAUUACAUUCGUUUUGAAGGAUCAGCUCUUUCAUGUUCUGGGAGUAAUACAUGCAUUUGAUCUAGUUGUAUGGUCAUCAUAAUCUAUAACUUAGUGUUAUGUGAUUAUCCUCACUCUAUAUAAUGUCAUAGUUGAUUACUAGUAACGAAAAUCUAUGAUAGAUAAAUAACGUCACUCUGAUGUCUUCAUCAUUUCAUCAGUAUGAUUACGCAUUGUUUUUUUA